GCCCCCGUUUGCCUAAUUGGCCCAGGCGCUCCACCAGAGCAAAGCCGCCCUAGAACUCCUCGCUGGCCGCCCCCGCGGCUCGCAGCUCGGUAGAGGCGGGAAAGCAGCGCGCCUGCGCCGUGGGAACCGGGGCCGGAGGCGAAAAGCGGGGAGCGGAGGGGGGCCGUUGGAGCCGAGUAGCGUACAGAGCGGCGUGUGACGCGGGGACGCCGCGCGCUCCCAACGUCGCCCCGGUUUGACGCACACGGCACCAAACUGUCUGAUUCCCUGGCCUUUGUGUCCCUGGGAGCUUAAUCUCUGCCAGAGGAAAGCAGGUGUGCUCCACUUCUCCCGUGAACCUGAAGAUGAGUUGUCCCAGACCCUUCUCAGUGAUUGGAAACUUAGGUGGUGGAGCUAAAGGUUUCUUGUUACGAGACUUCCACAGACGACUCUCGUGUUGGGAUCCAUCCAUGGUUUAGCAGCAUUAGUGGAAAACUUUCCUUGAACUGCCUAAGUAAUAUUGACAUAAAUUUAGUUGUAUAAAACUUUCAUGUCUAGACUUCAAAUUUUGUGUGGUCAUUGAGAAGUACUCAACAAGGGGGUAAACACAAUGGGGGCCUAAAUGAUGGUCCUGUUUUGUAUACAAGUCAAUAAUUACAACAGGAAUACCAAAACACCAUCAUCUCUUCUGGCCAGUUCUGACUAAUGCCAGGCUUGUUGCAUCUGGAUGAUAGAUUAGAUUUGCCUUAAUAGUAUAUUGCCUCUCUGCAGUAGUUUAGUUACAUUUCUUUGGUCCAAGAAGAAGGAAAGCAUUUCAAAAAAUAGACAACUCAAGUUACUCAAAGGAAACCUGCUGUUUGCCUUCAGUGUCAUGUAUGCCAUUAAGAACAUUCAUAAUUCAUGAGAAGCGGUCAUAAUAACAACAUGGACAGCAAUUUGGAAGAAGCUGAAUUCAACCCUCAUGGAUGACUUGGAGAGAGGUUCAUGACUUCAGUGGAGGAAGUAACUUCAGGUGUGGUGGAAAUAGCAAGACAACUAGAAGUGGAGCCUGAAGGUGUGACUGAAUGGCUGCAAUCUCAUGAUAAACCUUGAACAGGUGAAGAGUUGCUUCAUAAGGAUGAGCAAAGAAAGUGCUUUUUAAAGAUGCACUUCAGUCCUGGUGAAGAUGCUGUGCAGAUUGUUGAAAUGACAACAAAGGAUUUACAUAUUAUAUAAACUUGAUAAAGCAACAGCAGGGUUUGAAAGGACUGGCUCCAAUUUUCAAAGAAAUUUUACUGUGGCUAAAUUGUUUUCAAACAGCAUCACUUGCUACAGAGAAAUAGUUCAUGAAAGGAAGACUCAUUUGAUGUGGCAAAUUUGUCUUAUUUUAAGAAAUUGCCGCAGCCACCCAACCUUCAGUAGCCACCACUCUAAUCAGUCAGCAUCUAUCAACUCUGAGGCAAGACCAGCAAAAAGAUUAUGACUCAUUGAUAACUCAGAAAAUGUACUUGGAAACAUCCUGGGAAGGAUUCCCAAUUUCCCACACUGGCCUGCCUCCUCAUCUAUGAACAAAUUGCUGUGGCUGCCUGAGGAAUUCUCAUCAGCCUGGAUGCCACUUGUUCAUCCCUCAGUCCAGAGGCCUAUGGUGCCACUUUAACAGUUUGAGUUAAUUUCGAAUGAGAUUGUUUUUGCAACGAGAUGUUAAUAAGACAAAAUCUAGACUAAAUGUGUUAAAUGGGCUUGCCAACAAUAUGGAUGAUUUGAAGAUAAACACCGAUAUUACUGGUGCUAAAGAAGAACUCCUAGAUAACAACAGUUUUAUCUCAGACAAAGAGAGUGGAGUUCAUAAACCAAAAGAUUGUCAGACAUCAUUUCAGAAAAAUAAUACACUCACUCUGCCUGAAGAACUGUCAAAGGACAAAUCUGAAAAAGCCUUAAGUGGAGGCCAGUCUACUCUAUUUAUACAUGCUGGUGCUCCUACUGUUUCUAGUGAAAACUUUAUCUUGCCUAAAGGAGCUGCUGUUAAUGGACCAGUUUCACACUCCUCCUUAGCUAAGACUUCCAGUAUGAAUAAAGGCAGUGUUUCAUUAACCACUGGACAACCUGUGGAUCAGCCAACAACAGAAUCUUGUUCAGCUUUGAAGGUGGCACCUGAUCUUCAGCUAUCUACACCACAGAAAGCAAAUCAACACCAAGUUUUAUUUUUGUUAUCAGAUGUAGCACAUGCUAAGAAUCCAACCCAUUCCAUUAAAAAACUACCUACCUCUGCUUCCGUUGGUUGUGACAUUCAGAAUUCAGUAGGGAGUAGUAUAAAGUCAGAUAGCACUUUAAUAAACCAAGUAGAGGUGGGUGAGGAUAGUGAUGAUUUAUUGGUAAAAGAUGAUUGUGUCGAUACAUUAACAGGAAUCUCCUCAGGUACAGAUGAAUUUAGGUCAGAAAAUGAGACAAACUGGGAUCCCCAAAAAGAGUUCAUUCAGUUUCUUAUGACUAAUGAAGACACAGCAGAUAAAGCUCCAGUUCACUCCAAAGUAGGUCUAGAAAAAAAGAGAAAGCGGAAAAUGGAUGUAAGCAAGAUAACUCGUUACACUGAAGAUUGCUUUAGUGAUUCAAAUUGUGUACCCAAUAAGUCAAAAAUGCUAGAAGUAGACUUUCUAGAACAGAAUGAAGAACUACAAGCAAUAGACUCACAGAAAUAUGCAUUAUCAAAAGUGAAGCCUGAAUCAACUGAUGAAGACUUGGAAUCUGUGGAUGCUUUUCAGCAUCUAAUUUAUAACCCAGAUAAGUGUGGCGAAGACAGUUCACCCGUUCAUACUAGCACUUUUCUUUCUAAUACCUUAAAAAAGAAAUGUGAAGAAAGUGAUUCCGAGUCACCUGCUACUUUCAGCACCGAAGAGCCAUCAUUUUACCCCUGUACAAAGUGCAAUGUGAAUUUUAGGGAGAAGAAGCACCUCCACAGGCAUAUGAUGUAUCAUUUAGAUGGGAAUAGCCACUUUCGUCAUCUUAAUGUCCCAAGGCCAUAUGCUUGUAGAGAAUGUGGACGGACAUUUCGAGAUCGUAACUCACUUCUAAAGCAUAUGAUUAUUCACCAAGAAAGAAGACAGAAGUUGAUGGAGGAAAUUCGCGAAUUGAAAGAACUUCAGGAUGAAGGAAGAAGUGCACGAUUACAGUGCCCUCAGUGUGUGUUUGGUACCAAUUGCCCUAAAACAUUUGUGCAGCAUGCUAAAACCCAUGAAAAAGAUAAAAGGUACUACUGCUGUGAAGAGUGUAACUUCAUGGCAGUGACAGAAAAUGAAUUAGAAUGCCAUCGAGGCAUUGCCCAUGGAGCGGUGGUAAAAUGCCCUAUUGUCAGUUCUGAUAUAGCCCAGAGAAAAACGCAAAAAAAGACUUUCAUGAAAGACUCUGUUAUAGGAUCAUCCAAAAAAUCAGCUACCUACAUAUGUAAGAUGUGUCCUUUUACGACUUCAGCCAGAAGUAUUUUAAAAAAACACAUGGAGUACUUGCAUUCAUCAUCAUGUAUUGAUUCAUAUGGUAGUCCACUUGGACUUGAUAAAAGAAAAAGUGACAUUCUUGAAGAACCUAUAGAUAUUGAUAGCACUAAACCUUUAAUUAAACAACAGUCAACCACAUUUCCAAAGAACUCUGCUUUAAAACAAGAUGUAAAGCGAACAUUUGGAUCAUCCUCACAAUCAGGUAAUUUUUCCAAAUUCCAUAAGCGGCCACACAGAGUACAAAAAGCUCGGAAAAGCAUUGCCCAGUCAGGUGUAAAUGUGUGCAAUCAAAACAAUUCUCACAAGACUGUUAUGAUUAAAAGCAGCACUGACCAAAAACCUAGGUAUUUCCAUCAAGCAGCAAAAGAAAAAUCUAAUGCCAAGGCGAAUAGCAACUAUUUAUAUAGACACAAAUAUGAAAACUACAGAAUGAUCAAAAAAUCAGGUGAAUCAUAUCCUCUACAUUUCAAAAAAGAAGAAGCCAGUUCACUAAACUCUUUACAUCUGUUCUCAUCAUCAAGUAAUUCUCACAACAAUAGUUUUAUUUCAGACCCUCAAAACUCUGACACAAAAAGGCCAGAAAGCUUCAGAGAACACAGGCGUGUAGCUGUAAAGAGAGUAGUUAAGGAAUCCAAGAAGGAAAGUUCUGUUGGAGGAGAAGACUUGGAUAGCUAUCCAGAUUUCUUGCAUAAAAUGACUGUUGUUGUUUUGCAAAAACUUAAUUCUGCUGAAAAGAAAGAUAGCUAUGAAACAGAAGAUGAAAGUUCCUGGGAUAAUGUUGAGCUAGGUGACUACACUACACAGGCCAUAGAAGAUGAAACCUAUAAUGAUAUUAAUCAAGAACAUGUAAACUUAUUCCCGCUUUUUAAAAGCAAGGUAGAAGGUCAAGAGCCUGGAGAAAAUGCUACCCUUAGUUAUGACCAGAAUGAUGGCUUUUAUUUUGAAUAUUAUGAAGACGCUGGAACUAAUAACUUUUUGCAUGAGAUACAUGAUCCUCAGCAUUUAGAAAAUGCAGAAACUUCAUUGUCAAAGCAUAGUUCUGUUUUUCACUGGACUGAUCUGUCUCUUGAGAAGAAAUCAUGUCCUUACUGCCCAGCAACAUUUGAAACAGGUGUUGGGUUAUCAAAUCAUGUUCGAGGACAUCUUCACAGAGCUGGAUUAAGUUAUGAAGCCCGUCAUGUUGUAUCACCGGAACAAAUAGCCACAAGCGACAAAAUGCAGCAUUUCAAAAGAACUGGCACAGGGACACCUGUUAAGCGAGUUAGAAAAGCUAUAGAGAAGUCUGAAACCACUUCUGAACACACUUGUCAGCUCUGUGGUGGUUGGUUUGAUACUAAAAUUGGAUUAUCGAAUCAUGUUAGAGGCCAUCUGAAAAGACUUGGAAAGACCAAAUGGGAUGCUCAUAAAUCUCCAAUCUGUGUUUUGAAUGAAAUGAUGCAAAAUGAAGAAAAAUAUGAAAAAAUCUUAAAAGCAUUGAACAGUCGUCGUAUUAUUCCCAGACCAUUUGUAGCUCAAAAACUUGCAUCAAGUGAUGACUUUCUAUCUCAAAAUGUUAUACCUCUUGAAGCAUACCGUAAUGGCCUAAAGACUGAAGCUUUAUCAGUGUCUGCAUCAGAAGAGGAAGGGCUGAGUUUCUUAAAUGAAUAUGAUGAAACAAAACCAGAACUGCCCAGUGGAAAAAAGAAUCAGUCUCUUACACUGAUAGAACUGCUUAAAAAUAAAAGGAUGGGAGAAGAAAGGAAUUCUGCUAUUUCUCCUCAAAAAAUUCAUAAUCAAACUGCAAGAAAGAGAUUUGUUCAGAAGUGUGUUCUUCCAUUAAGUGAAGACAGUCCGUUGAUGUAUCAGCCACAAAGAAUGGACUUGACUAUGCACUCAGGUAUGCCUGUGAAGCUUAGAACAUGUGUGCAUUGCAAUACGACGUUUACAAGUGCUGUUAGCCUGUCCAACCACUUACGCGCUUAUGCACGAAAGAAGAGUGCUGGACUUUUGACUGGUACAGCCUUAGAUUGUAAGCAAAAGAAAUCAAGGUCAAGAUCUGGAAGUAAGAAGAAAAUGCUAACGUUACCUCAUGGUGCUGACGAGGUUUACAUUCUCCGAUGCAGGUUUUGUGGCCUAGUCUUUCGUGGACCAUUGUCUGUUCAGGAAGACUGGAUUAAGCACUUACAACGACACAUUGUAAACGCUAAUCUUCCACGGACUGGAGCUGGCAUGGUGGAAGUCACGUCACUACUUAAAAAGCCUGCCUCCAUUACAGAAACUUCAUUUUCUCUACUAAUGGCAGAAGCAGCUUCAUAGAACAAGGAAACCUUUUAAAUAGCAAAUUUAAAUUGGAUGUACAUUUGAAAUUCUUUGUCUUUUUUUUUUAAAGCCACGUUAAAUUAUCCGUUUAUAAAUACUAAAGCAGGAAUAUGGGGAAAAGUGAAUUACAGUGACAUCAGAGCAAACUGAGUACUUCAAACAGUAAGUAGUCUAUAUAUUUUAUAUAGGACGGAAGCUGUGUUUUUAAGGUUUACUAAGUUUUGUCAGUUAAUGGUGUUCACUCGAUGAAAGAUCAGUACAUGUAAGCAGUCAUUAAUAAACUGUUGCACAUGAAUAACUUAAAGACAGACUUACUGGAAAAUUACAUUUUCUGCAGUGUUACCAGAAUCAAAGUUCUGUUUAUUCCCCACAAGACUUGCAUUGAAAAAUAAGAUAUUAUAUUUUGUUUGUAUGUAUUUAGUGUUUUGUAUAAUACCAGGAACUGCUAAACUAAAUUUACUCAACUUAGGGCAUUAAAUAUCAUGUACUUCAUAGUUUGAGACUGUUCACUCAAAUAGGGCAGAGUACUAUUCUAUCUAGAUGUGUAAGUGUUUUUUUAAAAUCACAUGGAACGGUUUUUUUUAUACUAAAAAGUGGAGGGAGAUUUGUUUAAACAAGUAUUUCUAAAAGAAAUAUGUACAUAGUCCUGGAAAUUAUUUGUGGUAAGGAAAUAUUCUUUACUCCAGUUGCAUUUCUCAGACAAUAAAGUGGUGCAUCCAUGCUACCUCCUACUUUGUCAACAAAGAUGCUAUUUACCCUUUACAUUUUUGUAUCAUAAUAGAUUUAAAAAAUCUAAUGUUCUUUAUUGCAAGACAUCCCUUUUGUUAACAGAUUUGUUUCUUUUUAAUGUUUUACUUAAAUUUUGACAUGCUUACAGGACAGGUUUGCCUCUUACUUUAUUUAACAUUGUAGAAAUGUAAUUAAUGAACAAUGCUCACUACACAAUUUAGAAUAGGCUUUCUCAUUUAUAUUCCAAAUUUGAUCAGUUAGCAAAACUUAAUACACCAAUUGAAAUAUUUCUACAUAUGAUGAGAAUGUUUACAAUUUAAAUUUUAGAACUUGUUUUGGAUGUGACUAUAUGUACGAAAAUCGUGUAACACUAUGCUCAUGCUAAGAACCGACAUAACGGAAUUACUGAAAUAAAUGUGCUGUGAGGAAUGGAAAAUAUGGUGCAGAUGUCUUGGUCAUGAUAAAUUGUGAUUCUUUUAAACUCUUUCCAAAAACAAAUUAGUUCUUUUAACCUGCAAUCAGAUUCCUUUACAAAUAACAGUUUUUGUAUGCAAGCACCAUUUCAUUUUAUUUCAUGUAGUAUGGCUAAUACUAUAGUUGAAACAAGGAUAUGCAUUGAUAAUUUUCUUCGUAUGUAAAUAAAGUUAAAAACAGUUAAAAUAAGGAGUAUUUUGGUAGAGUAUAUACAUACCUCACUGCCAGUGAAUUGCUUUCCUAUGGUAUAUCUCCUUACCAGAAAAAUCUCUAAAUAAAAAAAGACUUAAAGAAAAUUAUAAUGUC